CACGACGAGUCGACGACACACCGACCACGCCACGCCCAUUGGUACAAGGCGCGCAACUGACACAGGAUCGGAACGCCCCCGACGCCCCCGACGCCCUCGACGCCCACGAUGAGCGCCCCCACGGCGAAGAGCAAGCGCGGCCCGACGGUGCUCAUGAGCGACUCGCGCGACGCAGCGCCGCGGCAGCCUCAGCGGCCGUCGUCGGCGCUGCAGCGACAGGCGACGGGCGCGCGGCUGAUCUCGGUCGACAACAUCCUGCAGUACGCGUCGGACAUCCCGUCGCAGCAGCGCCGCGGGCCGCCCGCAUCGCGGCCGGUCAACCACACGCGCACGCCCAGCGGGCGCCAUCCGCUCGACCCCAAGCUGUCCGGGCGGCUGAUCCCCGCGCACAUCCCCACGCGCUCGUCCAAGCUCAGCGAGAAGCUGGUGCUGCUGCCCGAGACGGACGAGGCCGACGACGACGAGAAGGGCGCCUUCGACGAGGCGGGCCCGCCCACCGACGCCCAGCUCGGCCGCCGCGCGGGCGGGCCGGCCGACAAGAGCUAUGCAGAGCGCCUGCCCAAGGCCCGCCGCACCGACAAGCUGUCGCGCGUCACGGCCUACUGCACCGCCCAGGCCUACAAGAUGAAGGGCACCGCCGCCUUCGUCAAGGACACGCACCACGCCCGCACCAAGCUGUACGACGACUGCCUGUACUGCGUCUACCACCUGCCGCUGCUGCCCGCCGCCGACGGCUACCGCGUGCGCAGCAGCCCCGCCCUCAAGUCGCCGGGCGGCAAGACGGUGCUCGACGAGGAGAUUGAGCGCAACGAGGCCCGCCACCACCAGGAGGGCUACUUUGGCGACGACGAGACGUACUACGUGCGCGACGACGACCAGGCCGACGAGUCGCCGCACUUCCUGUCCCACUCGCACCCCCGCGAGCGCCGCGACUCGGACUCGCAGCCCGCCCGCGUGCCGCCCAACGCCCUGACCUUUGGUGAGAUGUUCGUCUUCAGCUACGGCGUCGUUGUCUUCUGGAACUUCACCGAGAAGCAGGAGAAGGACAUCCUCGCCGACCUGACCUUCAGCAUCAACCAUACCGGAAUCCAGAUCGCCACCCGCCCGCUGACCGAGAGCGACUUUGAGACCGAGGAGUUCCACUUCGAGUACAACCCCGAGAUCCCGCGCCCGCGCGUCUACAACGACAUGAUCACCCUGAAGAGCGGCGACCACAUGAUCAAGCUCGCCAUGAGCCACGCCAUCGCCCAGAGCACCAAACUCAGCCUCUUCGAAGAGGGCAUGAGCCGCACCAUGCUCGCCGCCCAGUACGUCCCCAAGCGCCUCGCCCUCACCGGCAAGCUUGGCAUGCGGCGCACCGACGUCGUCAAAAUGAUUGGCCAGCUCUUCACCAGCCGCGUCGACGUGAACCUAUCAUCCAACCUUCUCGACGACCCCGCCUUCUUCUGGGACUCGGAACCAACGCUACACCCCCUCUACACCGCCGUCCGCGAGUACCUCGAAAUCAAACCGCGCAUCCAGGUUCUUAACGAGCGCUGCCAGGUGUUUCUAGACCUGGGCGAGAUUCUGUCCGACAGCAUCAGCGACAAAAAGAUGACACGCAUUACGUGGAUUAUCAUCUUCCUCAUUGUCGUGUCCAUUUGUGUUACAUGUCUGGAGGUUAUUCUGCGCUUUGCCAUUUUGAGUUCGAGGAAGGGCGUUGUCGUGCCUGGCACCGAGGGCAUGGCUGUUGCUGUGCAUAGGCCGGUGGGCGUGGGUGCGCUGCAUGGUCUGGGCAAGGUGGGGUAUGCGGGUCCGAGUCUACUACUGGCACGGUCGCUGGUGUGGGUUGUCGGAGGAGUCAAGGGGGUAUUCGCAUAGCUCGGUAUACUACUCUUGUAUGGCGUCAUGGUUUUCUACACAUAGCGAUGGCGUUGGGGUAUGUGUACAAUACAUAUAUUUUUGCGAUUACAUAGCGCUUUUACAUUCGGUAUAUAAUCUCCUUCAUCUCCACCCUCCCUGCUCAUCGACCAUUACGCCUAAGAGCAUCUGGCUUGCCACCGAGGCAGCUACGAGACCAGAAACGAAG